CCGAGCAUUAUGUGAAAGGAGAGAGGUGUGGUUUGUUGUUAUCGACAGAGAAAUGGUGUGUAGUGUAGUGGUGUCGCCCAUUCAUUCAGUGGCACUCCGUCCCAAAAAUAUGGACAGCAACAGUUAAAACGGGGAAUAUAAUGGCAAAGGGGGGUAUGUUUCAGAAAGAAUCGCUACUCUGUUGUUGACAAUGUAUACCAGCUUUUGACACUUUUCUCCAGUAGUGAAACAAAUGGCAUGAGUGACAAGAGUGGAAUGCCAGUUGUAUGGCGAUGCUCAAUUGUGGAUAGUAACGCUAAUUUAAAUACUUCACAAUAAAGUUGUCCUUUGUUUACGAAUGUGUCAGUUUGCUUAUUGACAAUUUCCGAAUAGCUUCAGAGAGAGUUACUGAAUGUUUUCGGGCUGUGAUUACUGUAUUAAUAGGUUAUGUUUUGUGGGCGUUGCAGGCGUGUAACUUGAGGAAGUGGGGGGGUCGGGUUGAGUGCUGUGGAGUGCAGAGGAUGACCAGUUGGGCCGAGAGGAUGCACCGGAGAGCCACCACCCUUGGGAGUGUGGUUACUUCUUGCGGCCAUGGAUCUGGUCCAUAUCCUCACAGGCUUGAAAAGGUCAAAUUCGGAGUUCCUCUAGACGAAGUCUGCAAGAAUGACAUUCCUGGCCCCCUUCUCGUAUUAAUACUUAAAUUGAACAAGGAAGCACCGUAUAAGAAAGAUGUUUUCCGAGCACCAGGCCACCAAGGCAAUAUGAAAAAACUGAUACAUUUUCUCCAAACUGGCCGGUUAGUCAACAUGGACAACUUCUCAGUGUAUACAAUUGCGUCCGUUCUCAAAAAGUUCCUGCGAAAGCUACCUGGAGGAAUAUUUGGGCGUGAGGGUGAACAGCGUUUAUUUACUGUCAUUGACAUGGGAAACAAGGAAGAGCAACGAGAUGAGAUACACAGGCUUAUUACAUCACUUCCUGAACAUACACAGCGACUGCUUGUUCUUCUUUUUGGAACAUUUCGUGUCAUUGCAACUAAUGCAGAGCGUGCUCGCACUGGUAUGACGUCAGAAGCACUUGGCGUUUCUGUUGCCCCUAGCUUCUUUCAAAGUUGUGUUAGUGAUGGAAAAACAGCAAAAAUGGAAGAUGUUAUGAGGUUCAAGGUUGCAACAAGAAUAAUGAAAUUUUUAAUCGACAAUUUUGGAGUUAGCAAUUUGUUUGGACGUGAAAACUAUGAAUUUUAUGCACGUAUCACAGGAAGGAUUUUGAAGGUUGAAGAUGACUGGAUAUUUAGUUUCCGUUACCCUCCAGAUACACUAGCAUCACCUAUAUCGCAUCAAGAAGAAAGCCAAUCUACUCCUGCCUUGAUACAUGUGCCAGAGGGGUUUGACUCCACAGCACCAUCCACCUCCCUUGGCAUUAUUCCAGAAAAUAAUCUUCUCGAGAGCUAUACAAGACUCUCUAUAAGCCUUGAAGAAAAUGGUCUCUUUAAGGGUUCAAGCCGUUCAUCUUCAAGUAGUGCUACUACAAGCAGACAUAUGACACUAGAAGAACUUCGAGCAGUGAAUCGCUACGCAGAGAGCACUAAAAGCCUUUCCUACCUCCCUCAGGUGCACGAACGCCAGACAGCGAGGAUGAGGACACGUUCGGAAUGGUUCCUGUCUCCAUCUGGGGGCCGGCUGGUGCAAUGCUCGCUGGACAGCAGUGACAUUGGUACCACACAUUUCGUCUUACGUGGCUCCAAUAAUCGCUCUCCUUCAGGUGGGUUGGGAUUGAGCGCAAGUGCGGAGUCUCUUAAACGACCUAAUGUCCGUCGUUCAUCAAGCCGUGGUGAGAAGUCACGCCAUCAUCUACAUCGUAGUUCAAGUCGGCGUAAGAAUAAAGAAAAUGGUGCUAAACAGCAACAGCAGCAUUUGCAGCAAGGAUCACCCCAGCAGUCACAACAACCACAGCAUCUUCAUCAACAGCAGCAGCUGUCUUUGUCUCCAUCUUCACAACAGCGUAAGACUGAAGAGGGCUCACGCCCCAUUAGCAUGGCUGAAAUGCACACAGUACAUGUCACAUUAACGUACAAACCUCGUAUUUAAGACUACAUUUUGCUCAGAGAGUAUAAGUGAUUUAUACUUGUGAGUUCAGGAAAAGUAUCUUUUUGUGCAGCUUUGAGAUUUGGGAACUGUUGAUUACUCUUUGUUGAUACAUUGCAGAUUUUACAGCUGCAUGUGGAAAUGAGUAGUGUGAAGUGGAUUUAGUAGUGGAACAUUUACUUAGAAAUAAUUUAUAUUCCGAUAGAUGUUACAGUAGGUUAUGAAAGUAAAGUAUUAGAUGUGACAGAUGUGAGACUUAGGUAGCUCACUGAUUUUCAGCAAAGCUCAAAACCUGUAUACAAUCUGCUCUCCCCCCCCCCCCUCCCCUCCCUUCCCCUCUUCCUCUCCCCCCUCUCCCUGUGUGUGUGUGUGUGUGUGUGUGUGUGUGUGUGUGUGUGUGUGUGUGGUGCCAAAUUGUCUGCAAAGGAAGAGGUGGAGAACAAGAAUUAGAACAACAAUGUUUAAGGACCAACUAAUCUAAGUCAUCUAACAGUAGUUGUGUGCAGAUAAUCAUCUCCAUUAAUUAAUUCUUGGAAAGGAAAGCAUGGUAUGCCUGAUAUACACUGUAACAUGCAUGUUUUUAUUUUCUUAUGUUAUACAUGUGUGUAAGCAAUUGUUUGAUUGUUGCAUUUUUCCCACAAAUUUCCUCUUAUUAAAAUUUGGGCAGCUGUGUGACUCACAACCCCACAGUAUUUUUGCUCAUUAACAGUGUGUAUCAUGUAUCUUAUGACUGAAGCUAUGUCCUCUGCCUGAUUGAACAUUUCUUGCCUUUUUAGAUCUGUAUACAUUAAUUUUCCUCUUUAUUUCAUUGUACUCUUUCAUUAUUUAUAAAUACCUGAAUGUGCCUUGUUGGAAAUGCAAAUAUGUUCUCAGUUUUGGUAAAAAGAAGUAUUUUAUACAUUGAAUGUCUUUUUAUGCAGUAUUAUGUUAUAGUAAUGUGCCAAAGACUGUACAUGUGCAACCUAACAACCCCGUGCUUAUGUGGCAGCUGUACUUUUUCAUUAUAUAUGUUAAUUCUGUUUAUAGCACAAUGCUUUAACUUAUAUGUUGAGAUGCACAUUAUUCUUCAUCCUAUUUGCUUAUAAUAACUCAUUCUAAACUUCCAGUACAAGAUGAUCACUCUCAUGAGUUAUUAUUGAUUUACAUCAUAUUAUUCAGAUGGUUUGAACCAUUACUGCCCAUAAAAUUGCAAAAUAUGAGUUUAUAUAAACAUGGUACUAUUGAUUGUGAACAUUACAAAAUGUACACUAUAAACAAAAAAAGAUGUUUGUCAUCUUGUAAUGUUGGUCCAGAUAUUUUACUCACAUAGUGUUCAUAGAUAGAAAGAAGUCAUUAAUUAGAGCAAUUAUAAAGACAUGAUUAAUAACUUUUGAAAUAAAACACACUAGAUUUGAGAGAUUUGUUGCAGCUACCAAGUAAAUGAUACUAUCUUCUUGAAAAUGUUGUUAUCCUGGAAACAAAUUCAGGAACAAUCUGUGAUGAGAGUGGGAAAAGUGGUGAAACAGGCAGCAUAUUCUAGGAGGAGAGAAGUUGUGUCUGCAUUGUAAGUUACAUGACAGUUAUAAGAUGAUAUGAGUUACUGUAUAGAGCAUCCUUCUGCAUAUAGAUAAAAGUUUCUAAGUAUGGUCUUGUGAUAAAUUAAAAACGAAUGUCAAUAAGACAGCAUUUUUAUUUAGUGAAAUUUUUAUUUAGUCUUUGGUUACAUGGAAUUUAGAAUAGAAUAUGUUAUUUUAGCAGCUGAUAGCUUUUUCAUAGCCCUUCCUCAAGGCUGAUUAAUUUUGAAUAUUAAGAUAGUAACCUAAUGAUAUUAUUACUGUUCAGAUCUUGAAAUGCAUUCAAAAUCUUGAUAUAGACAUGCAUUAUUUUAUUCUUGUUAUAAUGUGUAAAAUAUGUUAAAAGGGGUGUCAUUCAAAGGCAAAGUAGUAAAAUGAUACAAAAAGAGGCCUAUCAGUGAUAUAGAAUAUGGUAGUGGUACUGUUUGUAAUGAUGUAUUGCUAGUAUCUGUGCCAAAAAUGAGAGAAAGAGAGCAAUGCUGUCGUGCAAUAAGAAAAUCAAAACAUAAGCAGGUAUGAAAUUCAGGAUAUAUAAAGCCUUAAAUUCUGACAAAUAUCAAGGUGAAGUAUUUUUGGUGGUGUUUUUCGUUUUAUCAAGUUUUUAUUGAAGUUUGAGUGGAAGAUAAUAAUUGAUGCUACUUUCAAAAGGAGAGUAUAAAACUUGAAUAUGGCUACAAGGAUUUGUAUAAAAAGUCUAAAGUGAAAUAACAAUUAUUGAAUGUAGUUGUCAUUGAUGGAGUAGUAAAGAAGCAAUAAGUAGCAGUGAUUCUCUCUCUCUCUCUCUCUCUCUCUCUCUCUCUCUCUCUCUCUCUCAGAAAGAAAUAUUGCAUUGCUUGAAGGACUAACUUGAAUACGUGUAUCAUCUUUAAAAUUUAGUUGACACUUGCAUUUUUUUCUGUUCUUCAUUUACAGUUACUGAAACAAAUAGCUCUCUUUGUAGCACAGUUGACUGAGUAAUUGUCUGUAGUACACCAUUUCUACAACAACUGCUUCUUUUAUCAAGGGAACCGAGAAAAUGCAAAACACAGUGUAAUGUGCAAAAUAACCGAGAAUUAAUUUUCAGUCAAUGCAUGCAGUUUUUUCCAGCCAUUGAA